UCUCACUCUGUUGCUCAGUUUUUCGUCCUCUUCCCUCGGAGAAAAGAUUACAUCGCUCAGUCCUUCCCUCGCUCUCUGCAACGACAAUUGCUUGUACGGUUUCGACUAUUAAAUCACCGGAGUUGAUCUGUCGAAGUUAUGGCAGGAGGUGUUUUCGUCGAUCCCAAUGGCCACGGGAGGGACUACCCGGGGAAGCUUACCUGGUUCGUCAUCUUCACUUGCGUGGUCGCCGCCACCGGAGGCCUAAUUUUCGGCUACGACAUUGGCAUUUCCGGAGGGGUGACAUCGAUGGAUACAUUCCUGUCCAAAUUCUUCCCGAAGGUAUACCACCAGGAAAAGGCAGACCACAGCACCAAUCAGUACUGCAAGUUCGACUCGCAGCUUUUGACGGCCUUCACGUCGUCGCUAUACCUGGCGGCCUUGAUCGCCUCCUUCUUCGCGUCGACGGUGACGCGCGUGCUUGGCCGCAAGUGGUCGAUGUUAGGCGGCGGCAUUACUUUCCUCAUCGGCGCGGCGCUUAACGGUUUUGCUAAAAAUGUUUUGAUGCUUAUCGCCGGCCGCAUCCUCCUCGGCAUUGGUGUUGGCUUUGCUAAUCAGUCCGUUCCCGUAUACUUGUCCGAAAUGGCGCCAGCAAAAUACCGAGGAACACUGAACAUAGGCUUCCAGCUCAUGAUCACCAUCGGCAUUCUAGCCGCAAACCUCAUCAACUAUGCCACCUCCAAACUGCAGGGCAACAUUGGGUGGCGCGUCAGCCUGGGCCUGGCCGCCGUCCCCGCUGCCACCAUCACCCUCGGCUCCCUCUUCCUCCCCGACACCCCCAACUCCCUCAUCGAGCGCGGCUACGACGAAGAAGCCCUCUCCAUGCUUCGCAAAAUCCGCGGCACCGACUCCGUCACCGCAGAGUUCGACGACAUCAAAGCCGCCAGCCAGGAAUCCAACAAAGUAAAGCAUCCAUGGCGCAACAUCAUCCAGCGCCGCUACCGCCCCCAGCUCGUCAUGUCCAUUCUCAUCCCCUUCUUCCAACAGCUCACCGGCAUCAACGUCAUCAUGUUCUACGCCCCUGUUCUCUUCAAAACUAUCGGCUUCGGAAGCAAUGCCUCUCUCAUAUCCGCCGUCAUCACCGGCCUCGUCAACUUGUUCUCCACCCUCGUAUCCAUCUUCACCGUCGACCGCCUUGGCCGGCGCAAGCUUUUUCUCGAGGGCGGGCUUCAGAUGAUUAUCUCUCAAGUGCUCGUCGGUACGCUUAUCGGCGUCAUGUUUGGGACGUCGGGACAGGGAACGCUGUCGGGCGCCUACGCGUCCUUUGUGCUGGCUUUCAUCUGCAUCUAUGUUGCGGGAUUCGCGUGGUCGUGGGGGCCGCUGGGGUGGCUCGUUCCAUCGGAGAUUUUUCCGCUGGAGAUUCGGUCGGCGGGACAGAGCAUCAAUGUUUCGGUGAACAUGCUCUUCACUUUUGUCAUUGCGCAGGCUUUUCUUGCUCUGCUUUGCAGGCUAAAGUUCGGUCUUUUUUACUUCUUCGGCGGCUGGGUGAUGGUAAUGACCGCUUUCAUUGCUUUUUUUCUUCCGGAGACCAAGGGAGUUCCUAUUGAGGAGAUGGUGCUUGUCUGGAAGGCGCACUGGUUCUGGAGAAGGUUUUUCAGCGAGGAGGAAGGAGCCCGCGCGGGUUCUCCGGAUUGUGCGGACAUGGCCAAGCACGACGUAUAGAUCUGUGUCGUGAACGGGCUGGAUUUAUAGUUAGCUUUAAUUAGAUGAUUAAGAUAAUUAAUUUUCUUAAGAUAGUUUGCCGAUGCGUUUGGCUUUGUCGUUGCUUCCAUUAUUUUGUUUGGGUGACGGCGAGGUUUAUAUAGAUGCAACAUUCUUAGUUCAAUUUGCUCUUCUUAUUAAUUGCUUAUGGAGUUAAUUAGACUUUUUAUUAGCAUG